CUUUUCUUAAAAGUUUGCACAAUCCUAAAACAAUCAUGGCGACUGCGCAAGUUCUGCUCAGCGACGCUGCGUCACCCGCCGACCAUUCCGGCCUCAACACAACUGCCACAUCAUCAUCAUCAUCGUCGUCGUCUGUUGGCAACGGCACUGCUUCUGCUGCAGGAGGUGGCGUCCGUCAGCACGGCGAAUUCAAUCUCUCCGUGCUUGGGGGCGGACACCCGCACUUUGUUCCGCACCACGACAGCGAGUACGAGCGCCAACAGCAGCAGCAACAACAACAGCAUGAGGAGCAGCAGCAGCAGCAGCAUGACAUCCAUGACCAGCAGCAGCUGCGCGCCAUGCUCGCCGCCUCGACGUCGCUGCUCGUCUCGACGGGCAAUCUCCUCAGUCCCGCGCUCUCCCGCCGCGGCGACGUCGCAGCCCCGCGCAACACCGUCCAAGAGGUUUUGUUGGCACUUUCGCUCGCAUUUCAAGACGCAACGAGCUCGGUGCGCGCUGCGGCGGUUUCAGUGCAGCGACAGAGCGACGGGCUCGUUCACGUGGCGCGAUCGCCGUCCCCAGCGUCGCCUGCGUCCGACUGUGCGGGCUCGUGCGGCGAGGCAGUCACCACCAAAGCCAAGCUCUUCGUCCUCGACGAUAUUUCAGAGGCAGAGCUCAUUGACGCCGUAGCACAAGUCAGGAACGAGCUUGCCCUCGAGCGCAUCGAUUCCUUCAUUCUCGCUCCGCAGUUUGACAGCGAUGCCGCCAACCGAGCAUCCACCGACCGACUUUGGCAUGCUGCAGAGUCCCUGUACACUGCCGGCGUCCUCGGAUCUAUUGGCGUGACCAAUUUCGAUAGCGCAGAUCUUUCAUCCUUUGUUUCCACAGCACAAAUUUCUCCUUCGGUCAAUCAAAUCUCCACAGGCAAGUUCAGCCAACCUCUCGCACAACUGGCCAAACAACACAACAUUGCGCUGCUGUCCAACCCGGACGCCGAAAUCCCGAUUCUCAGCAGCGCUGCCUUGGACUCUGUCAUUGGCUCCUACGUCGAUCCUUCGGGCUCGUCCCAGUUGCGUCCUCGAUGGCUUGUGCGCUACACGACCGAGAUCAAGUGCCGCAGCAUUGCCGCGCACCGCGGUUACAUCCUGCGCGCCGACCGCGUGUAAAAUGUCAGACCAACCCAGUUCGCGCCUUGUUUUUUUUGUUUCGCUUUUUUUCGCUUUGUUUUCAUUGCUUCUGUUGCCCUCCCGACGUGCGCUAUCAAGGGAUGCUCAAUCGUUUGAGUUCCAAUUUCGUUGUGAAACUUAUUAAGUCCUUGUACAAUACAAUACAACACCGUUUAUUGA